CACUCAAUGGGAGCGGUGGGGAGCACUGGGAAUGGAGCUGGGGUGUUGACUGUCUCCACUCAAUGGGAGCGGUGGGGAGCACUGGGAACGGAGCUGGGGUGUUGUCUGUCUCCACUCAAUGGGAUGGGUGGGCAGCACUGGGAACGGAGCUGGCGUGUUGUCUGUCUCCACUCAAUGGGAGGAGUGGGGAGCACUGGGACUGGAGCUGGGGUGUUGUCUGUCUUUACUAAAUGGGAGGGGGGAGCACUGGGACCGGAGCUGGGGUGUUGUCUGUCUUCACUCGAUGGGAGGGGUGGGGAGCACUGGAACUAGAGCUGGGGUGCUGCCUGUCUCCACUCAAUGGGAGGGGGGGAGCACUGGGACUGGAGCUGGGGUGUUGUCCGUCUCCAUGCAAUGGGAGGGGUGAGGACCACUGGGAUUGGAACUGGGGUGUUGUCUGUCUCCACUCAAUGGGAGGGGCGGGGAGCACUGGGACCGGAGCUGAGGUAUUGUCUGUCUCCACUCAAUGGGAUUUGUGGGGAGCACUGGGAACGGAGCUGGGGUGUAGUCUGUCUCAACUCAAUGGGAGGGGAGGGGAGCACACUGUGACCGGAGCUGGAGUGUUGUCUGUAUCCACUCAAUGGGAGGGGUGGGGAGCACUGGGACUGGAGCUGGGGUGCUGACUGUCUCCACUGAAUGGGAGGGGUGGGGAGCACUGGGACUGGAGCUGGGGUGUUGUCUGAUUUUACUCAAUGGGAGGGGGCAUUCGCACUGGGACUGGAGCUGGGGUGUUGUCUGUCUCCAUUCAAUGGGAGGUGCGGAGUGCACUGGGACUGGAGCUGGGGCGUUGUCUGUCUCCACUCAAUGGGAGGGGUGGGGAGUACUGGGAGUGGAGAUGGGGUGUUGUCUGAUUUUACUCAAUGGGAGGGGGCGUUCGCACUGGGACCGGAGCUGGGGUGUUGUCUGUCUCCAAUCAAUGGGAGGGGUGGGGAGUACUGGGACUGGAGCUGGGUUGCUGUCUGCCUCCACUGAAUGGCAGGGGUGGGGAGCACUGGGACUGGAGCUGGGGUAUAUCUGUCUCCACUCAACUGGAGGUGUGGGGAGCACUGGGACUGGAGCUGGGGUGUUGUCUGAUUUUACUCAAUGGGAGGGGGCGUUCACACUGGGACUGGAGCUGGGGUGUUGUCUGUCUUCACUCGAUGGGAGGGGGGAUCAUUGGGACUGGAGCUAGGGUGUUGUCUGUCUUCACUUGAUGGGGGGGAGCACUGGGACUGGAGCUGGGGUGCUGUCUGUCUCCACUCAACUGGAGGGGUGGGGAGCACUGGGACUGGAGGUGGGGUGUUGUCUGUCUCCACUCAAUGGGAGGGGUGGGGAGCACUGGGACUGGAGCUGGGGUGUUGUCAGUCUCCAUGCAAUGGGAGGGGUGAGGACCACUGGGAUUGGAACUGGGGUGUUGUCUGUCUUCACUCAAUGGGAGGGGUGGGGAGCACUGGGACUGGAACUGGGGUGUUGUCUGUCUCCACACAAUGGGAGGGGUGGGGAGCACUGGGACUGGAGCUGGGGUGCUGUCUGUCUCCACUCAAUGGGAGGGGUGGGGAGCACUGGGAACGGAGCUGGGGUGUUGUCAGUCUCCACUCAAUGGGAGGGGUGGGGAGUAGUGGGAGUGGAGAUGGGGUGUUGUCUGUCUUCACUCAAUGGGAGGGGUGGGGAGUACUGGGACUGCAGCUGGGUUGCUGUCUGCCUCCACUGAAUGGCAGGGGUGGGGAGCACUGGGACUGGAGCUGGGGUGCUGUCUGUCUCCACUCAAUGGGAGGGGUGCGGAGCACUGGUACUGGAGGUGGGGUGUUGUCUGAUUUUAUUCAUUGGGAGGGGUGGUUAUCACUGAGACCGGAGCUGGGGUGUUGUCUUUCUCCACUCAACGGGACGUGUGGGGAGCACUGGGACUGGAGCUGGGGUGUUGUCUGUCUCCACUCAAUGGGAGGGGUGCGGAGCACUGGGACUGGAGCUGGGGUGUUGUCUGUCUCCACUCGAUGGGAGGGGAGGGGAGCACUGGGACUGGAGCUGGGGACGUGUGGGGAGCACUGGGACUGGAGGUGGGGUGUUGUCUGA